UGUUUAAACUAUAAUGAGAUAAAUACUGAAUAUGAGUCAGUCUAAAAUGUGGACACACUUCAGCUAAAGCAGCAAUGUUUAUAUGAGGAACAGAAAAGGAUUUUAUUAGUUUGAACCUACAGAGAUAAAGAUGGCGACUGCAAGCAAUGAGUUUAAACUCAGUGGUCCCAGUGGUACAGAGUGGUAUAAUCCCUCUGCUGUCACUCUCUCGUGUCGUCUGUCUCCUGAAAUCAGUGCUGUUAACAUGGAGAUCCGAUGGUUUAAGGGGACAGACUGUGUUAUUGUCUAUAAUAACAGACAUGUGACUGAGGGGAGAGGUUACGAGGGCAGAGUGAGUCUGUUCACUCAGGAGCUGGACAAAGGAAAUGUCUCCUUACAGUUGAGAGACUGUACAGGGUCAGAUAUUGGAGAUUACCUGUGUCAGGUCACUGAUGGAGACAGAACAGAGGAGAUUACAGUAAUGAUGAUAGAACUUAGGAGUAUGGUAAGUAAAUAACUCGACUUCACACUAAAGGUAGCGGCUGAUAUUUUAUAAACUUAUCACAUAUACAACAUUUUAAUCCAGGGAUCAAAUAGAAAUAUAAAAAGCAAUUUCAGAUCAUGUUUAUGUGAAGGACUCUGAUCAGUAAGUGAGAUUCCACUUCCGUCAGUCAGCUUCUUUCCCACAAUGCUCCUGUGCAUAACCCCACUGCACUGCAAUAAUGUACGCAGUGACGUUUACCAUGUCGAGUAAAAAACACAACAAACAUGCAACAUAUAACACACACCACUGCCAGACUCCAUCAG